AUGAUCCUGCUGUGGCUGCAGGGAGCUGGGGCUCUGCUGGUAACCGUGCCCAGGAGAACGGUGGCAGAAUCUCCUUGUGCAGAUGCUGGAUCACGGCAUGAAGUGACGGGGGCAUGGGGCUGUGCCAACCCUGGAAGCCCCAAGACCCACCGCUCCUGGUGCCCCUAUUCCACAGCCGUGGGGCUCCCCCCUGCCACACCCCUGUGGAACAAGCGGGUCUCGAUCACCCCUAGAGCCAUCAAAGUGGAGGUUUAUGACUGGGACCGUGAUGGCAGGCACGACUUCAUCGGGGAGUUCACCACCAGCUACCGGGAACUGGCGAAAGGCCAGAGCCAAUUAAACAUGUACGAGGUGGUGAACCCCCGGAAGAAGAUGAUGAAGAAGUACCUGAACUCAGAGACAGUGACACUGCUGUCCUUCGCUGUGGAGGCCGAGCACACCUUCCUGGACUACAUCGGGGGGGGGACCCAACUCAACUUCACAGUGGCCAUUGACUUCACAGCAUCCAAUGGGAACCCCUCGCAGCCCACGUCCCCGUACUAUCUGAGCCCCUUCCAGCUGAAUGCCUACAGCCUGGCACUGCGGGCCGUGGGGGACAUCAUCCAGGACUACGACAGUGACAAGAUGUUCCCAGCCCUUGGCUUUGGUGCCAAGGUCCCCCCAGAUGGGCACGUGUCCCAUGAGUUCCCACUAAAUAGGGAUACAUCAAACCCGGCGUGCCAUGGCAUUGCGGGGGUGCUGGAGGCGUAUCAGCACAGCCUGCACCGUGUCCAGCUCUACGGCCCCACCAACUUUGCCCCUGUCGUCAACCAUGUUGCCCGCUCAGCGGCCAUGGUCCUGGAUGGGUCCCAGUACUUUGUCCUCCUUAUCAUCACUGAUGGUGUCAUCUCCGACAUGGCACAGAUAAAGGAGGCCAUUGUCAAUGCUGCCAAAUUGCCCAUGUCCAUCAUCAUUGUGGGGGUUGGACAGGCUGAGUUCGAUGCCAUGGUGGAGCUGGAUGGCGAUGACAUCCGCAUCUCUUCCCGUGGUAAAGUGGCUGAGCGUGAUAUUGUCCAGUUUGUUCCAUUUCGUGACUACAUGUCGGGAGGUCCUGGCGCAGGGCUGAGCAUGGCAGGACUGGCACGGGAAGUCCUAGCCGAGAUUCCUGACCAGCUCCUCUCUUACAUGAAGGCACAGGGAAUAAAACCUCCUCCCCAUCCGCCCAUGUCCCCUAAAACCCCCCCACCUUGA